CCCAACAAAAGUAAUAUAAAGCGGGUAAUUAUGAUGUGGAGGAAUUAUUUUCGCGGGUUUUUUUUAUGAAAUUCUGUGUCUUCCACGAUACGAUUCCAGACAAAACAAUAAUAUGGGGAUUUUUGGGUGUAAGUGAGAGAACUAGGGUUUUUCUCAAUCUUCUUUAAUUAGUUUUAGCAUAUGAUUUUCAAUCUUUUUCCAUAAACAGUCCUCACGUUUCCCCUAAUUUCAUCCCCAAAUUGCAAUUUGGUUUCGCUUCAGUGGAUACAUUCUAUGGCCAUUGCAGAGGAGAGAAGUCCGGUGACUCAAGGUUCAUCAAGUGAGCCUAAAGACGAUUCUUCUAUGGCACCGAAAAUUCCCGCGUCUCCAAUUGAAGCCAUUAAGGCUGUCGCUGGGAAAUUUGCUGCUCAGCCUCUUCCUAGCUCUGAUCCCGAUGUUUGGGGUGUUCUUACUGCUAUUUCUAAUAAUGCCCGUAAGCGAAAGCAGGGAAUCAAUAUUCUAUUAACUUCUGAUAGCCAUUGCAUUGGGCGAAUAGUAGACGAUGUGCGAUUUCAGAUAGACUCAGCUGCAGUGAGUCAACGCCAUUGUGAAGUUUCAAGGAAAAGCAUUUCUAAGGAAGAUGUUGAGAGUCCGUCCGGUUUCUGUAAAUGUACCUUCCUAAAAGAUACAAGCACAAAUGGAACUUAUCUGAACUGGAAAUUAUUGAAGCGUGGCAGCUCUAAGUUUGAGGCGAAGCUUUGUCAUGGUGAUAUUAUAUCACUAGCAGCAACCCCUCAGCAUGAACAAGCAUUUGCAUUUGUCUAUCGAGAAGUGCAAUCAUCCCUUCCAUCUGAAGGUGCAGCAUUAAAGAGAAAAGCAGAGGAGCUCGUUACUGAUAACAAAAGACUGAAGGGCAUUGGUAUUGGUGCACCUGAAGGGCCUAUUUCUCUUGAUGACUUCCGAAGUCUUCAGCGCUCAAAUACGGAAUUGAGGAAGCAAUUGGAAAGUCAAGUACUUAAAAUUGAAGCAUUGCAAAAUGAAAAGCGUGAAGCUCUUGAGUGUCAUCAAAACGAGAUGAAAGAACUGAGAGAGUCAGUCUCAAAGUCUUAUAACGACCAAUUGGAUGUGUUGAAUGAUUCGCUGGAAUCAACAAAGAAGGAUUUGUCUGAGGCCAAUAAAAGUUCAUCUGAACAGAAGCAUACUAUUGAAGAUCUAAAUGAAAGACUUUCUUCAGCUUUACAGUCAUGUACUGAAGCAAAUGAAUUAGUAAAAAGCCAAACAUCCUCUAUAUCUGAAUUGAAAUCACAGUUAGAUGAAGAGCGUGAUCAGAGAAGAAAAGAACGAGAAAAAGCUUCAGCAGAUUUGAAAACUUCAAUACAACGAAUUCAAUCUGAGGCUGAAGAAGAAUUGAAACGGGUAUCAGAUGCUGCUUUGAAGCGAGAAAAAGAGCAGCAAGAAGUUAUUAGUAAACUUCAGGAAUCAGAAAGGGAGAAUCUAUCAAUAGUGGAGAGUCUGAGAUCCAAAUUGGAAGAAACUAGACAGAAAUUGGUCUCUUCGGACAAUAGAAUUCGCCAGCUUGAGGCUCAACUAUCACAUGAGGAGCAGGCCUCUACUUUAAAACAAAGAAAAGUGGAAGAUCUUGAGAUCAAAAUUACAAACAUGUGGAGAGAGCUUGACAAAGAAAAGCAGGCUGCUCGGGAAGAAGCAUGGGCCAAGGUCUCAACACUUGAGCUAGAAAUAAGUUCUGUUAUGCGAGAACUUGAAUUUGAGAAACGAAGGUUAAGAGGUGCUAGAGAGAGAAUCAUGUUGAGGGAAACUCAGUUGCGUGCUUUUUACUCCACAACGGAAGAGAUCAAAUUGUUGUUUACAAAACAGCAGGAGCAAUUAAAGUCAAUGCAGAGGGCUUUAGAAGACGAGGAGAAUUAUGAUGAUGCCUCUCUUGAUGAUUACAUCAAUAGAACAGGUGAAAAUGUUGGCGGAAUUGCAGCUUCAGGGAUGGAAGCUACAGCUAAUACUGCUGCUAAGGCUGGUCCGAGUACUUCAGCAAAGAAAUUCGAGCGGAGGGGAGGGAUUGAGACUUCCAGUGAAGAAGACUGCAACACAGAGAAGCAUGACUGUGGUAUUAGAAGCCAAGAUGAUGAGAACACCCAAGAAGCGGAAUUCCCGAAUGAUGAAGUUAUGGUAAAAGGUGGAUUUGGUUCUGACAUUGACGGUAUUGGAACUUGUCCUGUUAUGGAAGUAGAUGCUGAUGGAACAGAACAAGUUCUUGAAACUGAAAGCCCCGGCGUUGAUACCGAAAGAAAAACACCUUUGAACAACACCGAUAGUUUAGCUGGGGACACAAUGCAGCUUGAGGAUGAUACAGCUGUGCAAGAAACCGAGCCACAAGUCCCUUUUAAGUGUGAAGGUAGUCUUCAUCACGUAGAGUCAAAUCAUAAAGAAGAAGCUGCAAAAGUUACAGAUGCUCGUGUAUUAAUCACAACCGAAGAUCUUAUGGCGUCAGAAAUUGCUGGAAGCUGGGCUUGUAGCACAGCACCUUCUGUUUAUGGAGAUAACGAAUCUCCCCACAACGACAUUAGAGAGAAUCAUGUUGGUAUAAAUGACUCCAAUAAUCUAGUGGGUGAAUCUCAAAGCACCUUGUCUGCUGCUUUGGCCACUAAAUUGCAUCCCGACCAUGAAAUUCGAGCUCUAAGCAAUAUGAUCGGAAUCAUGGCACCUGAUGUAAAAGAGCAGUUUCAGAAUUUUGCUAGUAAUAACAAUUCACCGGAGAAAAAAGCCAAUGUAUUGGACUCUGACUCCGAAACCGAUGAAGAGUGCGUGGAAGCUAGUAAAGAUGUAGAUGCUGGCUCAGAAUCGGAUGAUGAUACACAGGCCGAUAUGAAUGAAGAUGACGAGGACGACAUGAAUGUAGCCGGUGAUUCUACCGCAGAAGACUCUGUCGGAUAGCUUAACGGGUGCAUUUUUCUUCCUAUUCUUGGUUUAGUGCGUUGGAAAGGCUUUGGCAUUGUUGUCGCUAAUUAGCCGUUAUACGGAAACAGUUCAUACUAGUUUAAUACUCCUAGCCCCUAGGGUAUAAAAUGUAAAUGAUUUAGGGGAAAUAAUGCCUCUAGUUGUUCCCUCCAUCAUAUUUAGGAGCUUGUUAACUUGAUUUAGGAAGAUUUUUUAGUUCAUUGGCUAUUGCUUUGUGUAUUAUUGAUCUUGUUUAAUGAGGAAAAGGGUGUAAAUUAAUUGGUUGAGCAGUUGGUUAUGUAUUCGGCUUUCGACUGGUUUGGUAGUUUUUUUCCAAACUUUUGUCAAAACCAUGCGUACAUGAAUAUCAUUUGUUAUUUGAUUA